UCAAUUAACCAAGCGCAGUCGGCAAAGCAGUACAUAGCUCACCUACGCCUUGCAUUCUGGCCUUUGUCACGCUGCACAAUUAACAAUGAGUUGGCUGUUGAAGAACCUGGUUCUGCCCCUGAUGCUUCUGUGCUUUUGGGGGCAAGGAGCACAAGCUUGCUUAUGUUUUCCGUUGCACCCGCAGGAGGCAUUUUGCCAAUCGGCUGUUGUCAUCACUGCAAAGGUUCUCAAUAAGGAAGUUGACAACAACCUGAUAGGUGAUGAAUUCAACCAACCUGUCAAGUAUGAAAUCAAAGUGACCAAGAUCUUUAAAGGUCCUAGAACCCACAUUCAUGCCAUCUCCACUGUAUCCAGUGCUUUAUUUUGUGGUGUCAAUCUCAUCGAGGACAAGGAAUAUCUAAUCAUGACGAGACCGCCUCUGGAUGGCACGCUGCACAUCAACUUGUGCGAAUUCUCCCAGUCGUGGGAGACCUUGAGCAAAACGCAAAAGAACCUGCUACAGCAUUAUGGAAGAGGCUGUGAUUGCAAGAUCACACCCUGCUACUCCCUCCCGUGCGGCUUUGGCUCCUCACAAUGCUGGUGGACAGACUUUAUAACUCCGACGUCCAGCUACAACCAGACCCGAAAUUACGCUUGCGUCAAGCAAAUUGACGGUUCUUGUGCGUGGCAACCGGGGUAUCCAUGACUUGUCACGUAAUUCAAGUACUGACCCAAAACAACAUUGGGGGGCAGCAAUGUGUCAUCUUUAUCUUCUACGGUGACAGUUUAGCCAAUUCAAAAACGUACACGCUUCCGUGUAAAUGUUGGGCCAAUCGGUUAAACAUUAAAGACAUUCCAAAAA